AUGUUACCAAAGUCCAACUCUAGAUUUACUGGACGACUGCUGAAAAUGUUGGUGAAUGAAGGUGUUGAGCUGGAAACGCCUCCACCAGGACUGGAGGAAGAGUUUCACACUCUCUUCAGCUCUGAUGCACUGACAUUUCUGUCUGAACUCAUCUCUACCUUCCAGCCUGAAGUUGACAAGGUCCUAAAGUUGAGAGUCCUACGGAAAGUUCAGCUGGAUCUGACUGGAGAACUGCCAGUCUUUCCGAAGGACACGGCUCACAUCCGAAACGAUCCCAGCUGGAGAGUGAGUCCUGUUCCACACAGAUUACACUGCAGACAUGUUGACGUCGGUGACCUUUCACCCUGUGAUACACAACGCUUUAUACAGGGACUCAAAUCCACCGCACAAGGGUUACAGGUUGAUUUUGAUGAUGGCAACUGCCCAACGUACCAUAAUCAAAUUAAAGGCAUUUAUAAUGUUUACCAGGCUGUGCACAACCAGUUUCAAGAUGUGCCGCCCAUUGCUCAGGCUCCAGUGCUGAUGCUCCGCCCUCGAGCAUGGAACAUGGUGGAGCACAACAUGAUGGUGUAUGGUCGAGAAGUUCCAGGUCCAUUGUUUGACUUUGGUCUGCUGAUGUUUCAUAAUGCAAAGUUACUUCUUCAGAAUCAGAGUGGACCCUUUUUCUACUUAUCCAAGGUUGAAAGUUACAUGGAGGCCAGAUUGUGGAGUCAGAUUUUUUUUUGGACUGAGAAAAAGCUUGGUCUGCCAGCAGGUUCUAUAAAGGCCACCGUGCUUAUUGAGUGCGUCCUGGCUUCUUUUGAAAUGGAGGAGAUUUUGUAUGAGCUCAAGGAGCACUCCGCUGGUUUAAACUGUGGCAUCUGGGACUAUUCUGCUUCCUUCGUGAACAAAUUUGGUCAUCGAGCUGAUUUCCUCCUCCCUGACCGCAGUAAGUAUGUGGAUAUGGAGAAGCGUUUCUUGCACAGCUACAUGGAUCUGCUGGUGCAGACUUGUCACCGCAGGGGUGCCCUAGCAACAGGUGGCAUGGCAGCAUUGUUGUUGCCUAGAGACAAAGAGAGUGACCUCUACAAGACUGUGCUUCAUACUGUCACCAGACUUAAAUUGCUAGAGAUCAAAGCUGGAGUUGACGGUUUCAUGGUCUAUGACAUGGAUCUGAUUGAGCCCAUGCAAAAACUGUUCCAGCUUCACUCUCCGGAUCAGAACCAGCUGCGCGAUGACAUCACCGUGACCCCAGAGGACUUGCUUGUGAUGCCUGCGGGUGGUGUAACAUUGUAUGGAUUGAGGCAUAAUAUUGCUGUAGGAGUCCUCUUCAUUGAAGCCUGGCUUUCAGGCAGAGGACAUUUCUUUUAUCUGGGAAAGGUUGAGGAUUCGGCGACUGCAGAGAUAUCCAGGUCUCAGGUGUGGCAGUGGAUCCGGCAUCAGGUGAGACUGGAGGAUAACGGCACGCUUGUGACAAGAGCUCUAGUCCAUAGCUUGGCUGAAGAUCUGAUGGGAGAUCUGAAAGCAGCUGUACAUUGUCAAACAAGCAGGAAUGAACAGAGGUUGAUGACUGCUGUGUCCAUGUUUCUAGAAAUUGUGCAGAAGAAUGAUUUCCCAGAGUUCCUCACUACUUACCUGAACCUCGACCACACCUUCCUUAGCUUUCAGAACCAACAUGAGAAAAAACAUACAGAUAAGGCACCUAAAGCCAGACUCUAACUUGCAUCUAAACAUCUACAACUACACGAAAUUAGUAAAUAGAUCUGGUAAUGUGAGUUCAUCACAAAUAUUUGUGUGAGUUAACUACAAACCCUGCAUACCUAAAUAUUACAGUAAAAUAUGGGUAAUUAAGUAUUUAACAGGAGUAUGAAAACUUCUGAUAAUUCUUGCUCUCUAUCCUUGCA